AUGCGCCCGAAAGACCGCAGCGGAUUUAGCAUCGCCAUUAUCUGCGCACUUACCGUAGAGGCGGAUGCCGUGAUAUUGUUGUUCGAUGAAGUCUAUGACAGAUACGGUGACGAGUACGGCAGACAUCCCGGGGACACCAACAGCUAUACAGUGGGAACAAUAGGCAAGCACAAUGUUGUCCUAUGCUAUAUGCCCGAAAUGGGGAAAGCAAGUGCAGCAGGUGUGGCUACAAAAAUGAAGUUUAGCUACCCUGGAGUCAGUCUCGCCUUGGUGGUUGGGGUCUGUGGGGGAGUUCCCCUGCUGCCAUACAGCAAUACCCCAAUUUUUCUAGGCGAUGUCAUUAUUAGCCAUGCGGUUGUCCGAUACGAUUAUGGUAGGCAGUACCCAGAUGGGUUUAAGCGAAAGAAAGGCAUCCCAGAAAACCUAGGAAGGCCAAAUCAAGAGAUCCGGACCCUGUUUCAGCGAUUGCAAACCAGCAUGGCACGCAGCGACUUGCAGAAUGACAUUGCCCAGUAUCUUGAGGUACUGCGACGAUCAGAACCACGCUGGCAAUAUCCAGGCAAGGCAUGCGAUGUUCUCUUUGAUGCUUCAUAUCACCACAAGCACCAUCAACAGGCUACUUCUCUGAAAUGCUUAUGUUUCAAUAGUGAAUCCCCUGGUCAGAUAUGCCAGGAGGCUCAGGAGAGUAGUUGUGAUAGCCUAGAGUGUGACGAAAACCGUAUUAUCCGUCGUCGCCCGUCUGAUGCAGCCGGGGCGUCAAUCCACUUUGGAAAAAUUGCCUCUAGUGACACGGUCAUGAAGUCUGGAGAGCAUCGUGACAAGCUGGCAAAGGAUGAGGAUGUUGCUGGCUUUGACAUGGAAGGAGCAGGAGUAUGGGAUGAACUUCCUUGCAUCAUCAUCAAGGGCGUAUGUGACUAUGCAGAUAGCCACAAGGAUAAGAAGUGGCAAGCCUAUGCCGCAGCAACUGGCGCGUCAAGCGCAAAAGCUUUCUUGCGGUAUUGGAAUCCUGCCUCGAGUGAAGCGACUCGCAACUGGAUGAGGGGAAACCAGCAAUUCACGCUGUAUAUACGUAAAACAGCAGAAAGGCUAACCGAAGCUUUUCCCAACAAUGAUCACACUAAGCGGAAUCUGUGGCGGUCAUAUUUACCCCAUGCGUUAUCCUUGUUGGAGGAGGACGAGUUUAAAGGUCAACGAGAACAAUAUAUUGACCUGCUCGAAAAUAUCGGAGACUGUCUGAGCACUCUGAUACUUUGUCGAGUAUGGCAUGUCUAG